AUGGCUAAGGACUUGCCUACUCAUUCUACCCUGGGAGGGCCUCCUCCUCCCUCCGUCGAUGCUGGUCAAGCCUGGUUCACAUCUUUCUCAAAUGUCAUCUCCUCCUGCGAUGUGCCCGCACUCCUCGGCCUUAUUCGGGAAGAUGGUUUCUGGAGAGACAUGGUCGCUCUUACCUGGGAUUUUCGCACUUUCAAAGGGACGGACCGAAUCAAGGAAUUCCUGCAUGAUCGUUUGCAAGGGGCCGAACUGAGCUCUCUCAAGCUGAGCAACGACUUCCCACCAAAGCUCGAACAGCCGUGGGAGGACGUCACCUGGCUUAUAGUCACCUUCACUUUCUCCACCAAGGUCGGUACCGGCACUGGCAUAGCCCGACUCGUGUAUGAUCACAAGCCUGGGGCAUGGCAGGCAUACACAAUUUACACCACCCUUUCGGGAUUACACGGCGUGACCGAAGCGUUAGGCUCGAACAGACUCAUGCAGCCGAACCACGGCCAAUGGCUCUCCUCUCUCGCUCAAACGCUCAAAUUCGAGAAAGAUCCCGAAGUGCUCAUCAUCGGAGCCGGACAAGCAGGAUUGGACGUAUCGGCGAGGCUGAAGAUGAUGGGUGUGAGCGUGUUGUGUGUGGAGAGGAAUGCAAGAAUUGGAGAUCAGUGGAGGGAGAGAUAUGAAGCACUUUGCUUGCAUGAUCCCGUUUGGUACGAUCAUCUCCCCUAUCUCCCCUUCCCAUCCGCUUGGCCCGUCUACACCCCAGCGGCAAAACUCGCCCAGUGGCUCGAAUUCUACGCCCAAGCACUCGAGCUCCCAAUCUGGCUCUCCUCUACCAUCGAAUCCUGUACUUGGCUCGAAGGGGAAGGGAAGUGGGAGGUUGUCGUUUUGAGGGGUAAGGAGGGGGGAGGCAAGGAGAGGAGGGUGAUGAAGGUUGGCCAGGUUGUGUACGCUGUGGGGUUGGCAGGGGGAGUGCCGAAUAUGCCCAAGAUUGCAGGGAUGGACGAGUUCAAGGGAAAGAUCAUUCAUUCCGUCCAACAUACGACGGCGAAGGACUACGUUGGGAAGAAAGUGCUGAUAAUCGGGGCUGCGACAUCUGCCCAUGACAUCGCGUAUGACUUUGCCAACCACGACAUCGAUGUUACCAUGUUUCAACGCGACUCCACCCACGUGAUAACAACAAAGCAUGGGAUACCCAUUCUGAUGGGGGGUGCCUACUGGGGGGAAGAUAGUCCAUCAACGGAGCAAGCGGACGUGCUCUUCGCUUCGAUGCCAAUUGAGGUCAUGCGGCUCGCACAUGCCAGACUCACCCGGCAGAUAGCGGAACUGGAUCGUGAGCUGCUGGAUGGCCUCGAUCGAGUCGGGUUUAAGAGGAACGAUGGUGUCGAAGGGAGCGGGUUGAUGUAUUUGUACUUUUCCAAGGGUGGAGGCUACUAUCUCGACGUGGGGGCCAGUCAGAUGAUUGUCGAUGGCAAGAUUGGACUGAAGAGCCGUGGUGAGAUCGAUAGGUUCACUUCGUCUGGAGUGCGUUUCUCGGACGGGUCGGAGAUUCCUGCAGACUUGGUUGUUUUCGCUACCGGGUAUGGCAACAUUAAAGAAUCAAUGAAGAGCAUGUUCGCCCCCGACUUGAUUGAGAACCUCAAGCCGGUCUGGGGUGUAGACGAGGAGGGGGAGAUCAAAGGGGUCUGGGGGGAUUCGGGACACCCGAAGUUUUGGUAUAUGUUGGGAAAUCUCAGCCUUUGCAGGUUCUACAGCAAACAUAUCGCGCUGCAGAUCAAGGCUAUGCAGAUGGGCGUGUUUGGAGACCGAUACCAGAAAGGCAAGCCGAGUUGA